AUGGCUUGUUCAUUAUAUGUACCACGUGACGAUUUUAUUAAAGCAUACAGAUUUGAUGAAAUAGCACGUGAGACAAAUUCAUUCCUUCACUCAACAGUAACUUGCUCAGAAAGAUUCAAUGACUUUGUACCGUUACCAGCCAUUGAAUACAAAAUUAUGUUCUCAGUAGCUGUUGCUGGUAUCGGUAUUUUAACUGGGGAAUUCACCAGUGAUGGUUCAAUUCGUUUCCAUUUACCAGAAAUUUUUAUUGUUGUUUCUAAACCAGUUACACAAGAAAAUGUACCAAGUGUGUGCAUUACAGGAGAGGCAAAAGUUCCAAAUUUAGAAUGGAGGUACCUAGCACAGAUAAGAUUUCGAGUUGGAACCACAGCAUCUGAGAUAGAUAAAGUGGUUGAUGGUGAUUUAUUUGAAAUUGGAAACCGAUAUCCACCUAUUGCAAUUCAAAUUGGGGAUAAAAAUAUUCAACGGAUUCGGAUUGAGAUGAAAAUGGUUGAAAAGCUUCACAAUUAUUUGCCAAAAUUUGAAUCAGGCGACAUUGUACUGAAAUUUAAAACUGAAACUUUGAUAGUAUACAAAGCAUUACUCAGAAUGCAUUCUAAAUAUAUGGCUACAGCUGAGAAAUUAAAAUUCGCAGAAGAGGGUACUGUAGUAUAUAUGGGAGAUAGCGAUGCUAACGACUUCAAAGAACUCUUAUAUCAGAUUUAUCCAACAAAAAGACCAAUUUUCGCUAAUCUACCAGCAUUAGCUCGAGCAGCUGUUGGUUACCGUGCAGAAGGCAUCAUCGACAGACUUACUUCCUUUAUUGUCAACUAUGAAUCCAUGUAUAUGGAGCAAAAAAUAAGUGAAGCAAUCAAAUUAGAAAUUCCAAAUAUUAUCGAGGAAUUAGUGUACAGAGCAGAACAAGACGGCCUCUGGGUAAAUAUUAUCCGUAGUGGCCUGAAUCCUGAAGUUGAAUAUGGUCCUACCAUCUACAAUUCCAUCAUUUUACCAGCAGUUUCUAAGGCUAAAAUAUCACCUUUGGGAACACCGUUUCGAAAAGAAUUCUUUCAAGAAAUUAAUUUUCGAGUACCACCUAAAAAAGAUAAUUAUGACGAUACUGUGGUGCUAAUAGUUGGUGGAGUGAAACUUUAUGUACACAACGAUGCUAUGUUUGGCCGAACUAAUUCAGGUUUUUUGUUACACCAUAAAAUAAGGCAAUUUUUAAUUACUCAAAAUUUCGUGAGACAUGCCCUUCUACGACAUAUUUAUCCUCAAAAUAAACCAAUUGAGCAUGAUUUACUCAGACCUUUAUUGGUAUUCUGUAAGAAACACCGCAUGCAGUACGCCAUGAAUUCAAUCGAGAAAAAGGAAGAAAAGAUUAUUAGCAAAAAAACUGAUACAGAAGCUCAUCAAUUUAUCAAACAUAUCAUAUCAGUACUUGCCAUGUUCUCCCUUUACUUGCAGUAUUUAAUUCAAGAACCGCCAUCUUCUCCAGACAACUUCUUUGAACGUUUUCAAUUAGCUGAUAAAUAUGGUCUUCGAAAUCUCAUGCUCCGGAAUUUGUAUCGUAUUGAAAAUAGUGAUAAGCAGUCAUCAUGUUUGUACUAUUCAGUAACAACUUGUAUGUGGAAGAUCUUACAGCAAAACUUUGAUGGAUCCAUAAAUUGUCGUCAUUUCGCUCAACCGAUGAUCAACAACGAGGGCUUCAAGGACCUCUCUGAAUCGACCAAGUCUCGGAUUUUGGAUAGAUACUGUUCUGGUUGGGGCGUUGGUGGGAUGAAUCCGACAAAACGACGCAGCCGGAUAUUCACUGCAGGCGGAGCAGUUAACAAUGCAGCAUUUGAAGAAGACAAGAAACUAUCAACACUUCUGGAAAUCGACUCUGAUGCUGCUUUCGGUACUUUCAUAGAAAUCAAUUAA